UUUUGACCCGUGACCUUGAGGAUGUUACAAUUCCCCCCAAGACUGACAUUCAACAACAGGUGUGUAUUUUCUUCCUUCUCCCAAGAUGUAAACGUAGUGAUUUCGCCCUCAAUACCAUUAAGGAGCGAUGGCCAAAAAUUUUAUCUCAGCUUAUCGAUUCAAUCUACCGCAAUCGUGAAAUGUAUUGCACUGAUGCUUGUCAAGUCAGUGAAAAUAAGUUCUGGAGUAUAUUCCCUUAGGAUAUAUCUGACAAGUUAAAAGAGCUAACGCGACACAUUGGCCACUUAAGAUAUGAUAUAAUGACAAACAAACCAGUUACACUCCUAUCGUUCUCACCACUGGGUCCUGCAGAGUUGGAACUCUGGAAUCAUUUACUGUCUGUGCAAGGAGUUAAACUUGCGCGAUCAGAAGACUCGAAAUGUGAAGGUGUGCAAAUGUGCUGGUAUGAGCUUCCGUGGCUUUUCGCUGAAUGUUAUCUCUAUCGUCGUGUUGUUGAUGUAGUUGCACAAAGUGGUCUCAAUGACUUUGACCCUUUUUUCGUGAAAAAGAAACACUGUUUCAAGAGCGCUAGGACGUUCAUAAAUUCUAUCCUUCUCUGCUUGACAAACCUAUCAGAUUUACCUCCUGAACGUGCUUUCAAUUUUUUCGUAAAUGUUUCUUUAUGGGCCAACGAGUUCGAUUUAUCACUUAAUCCUGAUGGGAAGUUUCAACAAAUCGGAUUUGACCAAAUAUCAGACUUCAUCGAACGUGUUCAGAAGCAGAUAGUUGUAAACGAUGGUGAUGCGCUGUAUAGAUUUUGUAAAAACUUUUCAGAUCUUAUAAGUUCAAGGGAUUUUAAUCGUAAACUACGUGUAGCUAUUAUACUUGAUAACUCAGGUCCUGAAUUAGUUGCCGACCUAACUCUUGCAGAGUAUUUCUUAGCAAGUCAGAUUGCUGAACAUGUCUCAUUUUACGGAAAAAGUAUUCCAUGGUUUGUGUCAGACGUCACUGGCAAAGAUUUUAAUUGGUUACUUAAUUUAAACAGUUCGGAUUCGGAGGGUGCUAACAAUGACCAUUAUGCUCAAUUAAUUUCAAAAUGGUGUCAACUCUGGCGAAAACGAAUCCAAGACAGCAGUUUUCGUUUUAAAACAUCGUACUUUUGGACCACUCCCUGCACCUAUGGUGAAAUGGAAGCAAUUGAUGCUGCACUUUACCAAAAUUUGUCGAGAGACUAUGAUUUGAUAAUAUUCAAGGGCGACCUUAAUUACCGUAAGCUUUUAGGCGAUCGUCAGUGGAGACCUGAUAGCUUAGACGAUAAAGUCAGUGCCUUUCGUCAAGUACAGAUUGGUAGACCCGCAAGCUGUACAUGUUCAGAAAAGUUCGGAGAUUCAAAAUCCGGUGAUCCAAUCAUCGACUGUCUAUGCGGACCAAUGGUUGUAGCCCUUCGAAUUGCAAAAUCAGAUGUAGGCGUAGGUGUGGAUCAUGAUCUUCUUAUUGAACUGCAAAACAAAACAAAACAGUGGUGGACUAUUGGCGAAUAUGGUUUCAUUCAGAUUAUUUCUCCUAUUGUUUUCAGUGCUUCAUGAAUCAACAUACAACAUAACUUUUGAUAUCAUAAACCACUUAUUUUCUGUUCAUAUAGCGUCAUUCUUCACAUUUUUAAAGUCGUUUUCAGAAACCAAGGUUCUUUUGUAAAUAAGGAUAGUGUUAUUAUUCGAAUUUUAAGGAUUUACGUAUGACAGGAUUUCCUCUUGUAAAUUUUUUACCUGAUAGGAACAUGACUUAUUCUUCGGGCUAUCGGCUGAAAGCUGAGCUCAUCUACAAAUCUCGGCUGUCUAAAAUCUUCAUAAUUCAUGGGUAAAAUUUUGGUUUAAUUCGGAUGUGUUACUUUGACACAUUAUUGCCGUUCUCAGUGCCGAUAUAAAC